AUCGAUUCAGGUUGGAUUCGGGACCAGGAAAUGGUCUUUGAAAGGUAAUUUUCCCUGUGGGAGUCCGGUGUUUACUUGGAUUUUUUUUAAUUGUACUAAAAGCGGGUCUGCUUUAUCGGCGCCUUUGUAAAGGCGCACGUGGUGAGAAUGUGCAGUGAGAACAAAGAGGAGACAAGGCGGAGCCUACUGGGACUGAGAAGAUUUGACUCCGGAGAUAUCCUUUUCAUACUGCUGGGAGUUCGCGCACUGGGAAUUAGUACAGCGGCUGCCGGUGCUGUGCGGUGGCCAGAGCGAGAGGCAGUCGGUGUGUUUUGGAAUGGGGUUGGGAAACUCAAAGCCAAAGGGAUUGUAAAUCCGACAGUGGUGCUGCUGCUGCUGCUACUCUCUCUGCGGUCCAUGUAUCCGGUGUGUAUACGCACCAAUACUGCUGUAAGCUCAGCGGGGACUCACGUGCACGUGGAUGGAUGCUCGUUUGAGGGAGCGAGCUGGGAUAUGUGGUGUUGACCUACUCUGACGCACUGCCGGGAUCCGGUGUGCGGGAUGGAUGGAUGGAUGGAAAAACUCAAAAGUUAACGUCAACCCCGGGCCCUGCUCUGCUCUGCUGCUGGCUUGGCUGAUGAUGCGGUCGAUGCUGCUGCUACUGGUUUUCGGUGCUCGGUCGCUCCCUUGGUUGGUCGUCCGUCGUCGUAUGUAUGUAUGUCAGAGAAUAUCGCGCGCGCGGUCGUCGGUCCUUCGGUCUCUUCGCAACAGUAGCAAUAGCGGUGGUCCGAUACUGGAAGCAGCAGCCAGUCACCAGUAGCUGUACCAGUGUGGUGUAAAACUCCGAUCGUAACUUUGAGCUGCUGAUUUCAGUUGGGGUUUAGCAGUCACACGGGACGAACGUUUACACUCUCUGGAGAUCUGGAGCCAACCGGAAUAGGAGGGAAACCGUCUUUCUGGCGUAAAUCGGACACUUGAGACCAUCCAAUCGACAACACCUGUGUGCGUUGUGGCGUUAUCGAGUGAGUGAUAUCUGUGUUUUGUCUGUUUGUUGGGUCUUCGAUGCAGUAGAAGAAUACGUGCCAAGUGCCAUCGACAGCAGCUCGCCUUUUGGCCCGGAUCCGAACAAGUGAUUGUAGUGUGAUUUAUGUGGUUUGGGAAAACUGGGUCCAAUCCCUUAGGCGACCGUUAGAAAAGUGCCCAUCAAACGAAACCGGAAGUGACAUUCGGAUCGGUGUGUGAUAACUUGAAACCUAAAGAAGUUGAAGUGAGGCAAAUUGAAGUGCUCUUGUGAGUGUUGUGUAAUCCUAGAGGCAAACCUUAGGAAACUUGUGAACAACCAAUAAAUAAAAACCAGUUCAGGCUAACACCCCAGUGUUCCUGAACGCAAUCCCAGUGUUUGCCCCUUUUUUCCCCGAAGGCGAUCACAAUAGUUGCCACGGUGUACGACAACGGGCUAAAGCUGCGUUCGGACGAGACCGUGCCGGGCUUUAGCUCGGCAUCGCCCUGGCCGACGCUGGAGCUAGAAUGGGGCCGGAAGCUGUACCCGUCAUCGGUGCCACGUGGGGCCGGUGGGAUGAUGUUCGGGCUGCCACCGACCGGGGCCGACAUGAACCAGCCCCGUGGACCGAUGACUUCGCUGAAGGAGGAGCCGCUCGGGGCGCGCGCCUGGAUGCAGACUGCCGUCGACACGUCCAAUUUGGGCAUCGGUCGGGCUCACUUCGAGAAGCAGCCGCCGAGCAAUCUGCGGAAGUCGAACUUCUUCCACUUCGUGGUGGCGCUGUACGACCGGGCGGGACAACCGAUCGAAAUCGAACGGACCGCCUUCAUCGGGUUCAUCGAGAAGGAUCAGGAUACUGAUGUGCAGAAAACUAACAACGGCAUCCAGUAUAGGCUACAGCUGUUAUAUUCAAAUGGUGCCCGCCAAGAGCAGGAUAUCUUUGUGCGGCUCAUCGACUCCGUUACGAAACAGGCCAUCGUCUACGAAGGUCAGGACAAGAAUCCGGAAAUGUGCAGGGUACUGCUGACCCACGAAGUGAUGUGCAGCCGAUGCUGCGACAAGAAGAGCUGCGGCAAUCGCAACGAAACCCCAUCAGAUCCUGUGAUUAUAGACCGAUUUUUCCUUAAAUUUUUCCUCAAGUGCAACCAGAACUGCUUAAAGAAUGCCGGCAAUCCCCGCGAUAUGCGACGGUUUCAACAGGUAGUGAUAGCGACCCAGGUCGCCGUGGACGGACCGCUGCUGGCCAUCUCCGACAACAUGUUCGUGCACAACAACAGCAAGCACGGGCGGCGGGCGAAACGGCUCGAUCCGGAAGGUACGGCCAGUUCCCCGUUGGCAAUUUCGGGCCAUGGCCUGGCCCCGGACAGUACGUACGACGGCAUCUAUCCGCCACUUCCCAUGGCAACUCCCUGCAUCAAGGCGAUAUCGCCUAGCGAAGGAUGGACAACCGGUGGAGCGCAGGUUAUCAUCGUUGGCGACAACUUCUUCGAUGGGCUACAGGUGGUUUUCGGAACGAUGCUCGUUUGGAGUGAGUUAAUAACGUCGCAUGCCAUUCGAGUGCAGACACCGCCACGACACAUACCAGGAGUGGUGGAGGUUACGUUAUCAUACAAAAGUAAACAGUUCUGCAAAGGAUCGCCCGGUCGAUUUGUCUAUGUCUCGCUUAGUGAACCAACCAUCGAUUACGGGUUCCAACGACUUCAAAAGCUAAUCCCUCGGCAUCCCGGAGAUCCUGAGAAACUACCAAAGGAAAUCAUCUUAAAGCGAGCGGCAGAUCUGGCAGAAGCUUUGUACUCGAUGCCUCGAUCACCGAACGGUUCUUCGGGCUUCAAUUCCUAUACCGGGCAACUAGCUGUCAGCGUUCAAGACGGAGCUGGACAGUGGGGUGAAGCUGACGAAUACACACGGGCGCAGAGCAGUAGCGUGAGUCCACGGGGAGGCUACUGUAGCAGUGCUUCAACGCCUCACUCGUCCGGCGGAGGUUCGUACGGUAGCAGUAAUGGUUAUGCCACGGCUUCAAACAUGAGCGGUCUCACCUCCUCGCCUGCCAGUGUCUUCAACUCCUCCUCAAUUACUUCUUCGACGGCAAACCUGUGGCACUCGCAGUUGGUUCCGUCGCCCCACGGGUACCCGGCGACGGCUGCAGGGGCAGCUGCCGCCGCAGCCCACCAUCAGUUCUGGCACGCUUCGACGUCGUCUGUAGCGACCGCCGUCUAAGGCGGCGGUUCCCUCUAGGUACGGAUCCCUCCCUCGUGAAUCAACGGGCUGAUGAGUGGCGGCAGUGGCUUCAGUCCGUACUCGAUGACCACCUGUGGGUCACAAGGAUACACACCUAGUCCCCUGGCAGCGGCCACAACGACUUCUAAGUAAAUAGGUCGGACAUUUCAAUUAGGCCUAGCCCGGUCAAUUUGAGACACGUGCGACCAAAUCGAUCGAUCAUCUCGUCAGCGGAUAAUCCCAAAUUUGUUGUUUGUUAAUAGUUUCAAUAGUAUUGCCCCGUCAUUGAUUCCCCGCUUGCAAUUGUUCUUGUAAAAAGAUUGUACCCCGGUGAUUUUACGCCUGUAAAUUUUAUAUUUAUUAAAUCUUUUUUUUUUUAUUUGAUUGUUCUAAGUGCAAUAAGAAUUGGUAAAAAAAAAACACACACAGUCAAUAUGCGCUGUAAAAUGUACACUUUGUAAAUAGGGAAAAACAGUUAUUUAAACAAAGAAAGCGUAAGAUGCUUUGUAGUUAAAAAUUUUACUAUUAAAAAUAACUGCGUAGAAUGUUCCGACAAGUUCGGCGCGAGGAAAUUAAAUCAGAAUCAACGAAAUACCGUAAAGAUAAAUGAACAAAAUAAAAGAAAAUACAUAUCGUGCUUCAAAGAGUUGAAUCGACACAUAUUUCAUCAUUCAUAUCUCCAUGUCAAGUCGAACAAAAUAAGUUUAAAAAAAAUCAAAUUAUAUUCAAAACACGACAGCAAUUCAGGCUAAGUGAAACGGACAUCAAAAUAUAAAUUCUAAAAUAAAAACAAAACAAACAAAAAGCUGCAAUCCAAAAUAAAAAGUAAAACAUAAAAAGGGCAACGAUCCAACAGGUGACGCUAUAUUUGUAUACGAGCAAAUAAAGUAGAAAUAAAGUACUUUCGAAAUGUAGAACACGAUUUCAUAACAAUAAACAAACCAAACUUCUCUAUCAGUCGCUGCAGUACAUUUUUUUCGGUUCUAGAUUCGCGAAUAUUUAGCAAUUAUAUACAUUUCAUCUUACUGAUCUCCAAGCAACAAAACGAACGGACUGUAGUAUUUAGUUUUUUCAACACCUUCAAGGUAUUUUCUAGCAUAAAAAUACUUAUUUUAUUUAGUGCAAAUUUUUUAACACUAGCAAUCGAUGCCAUAGCUCCUGUAGAAUACUCCUACGUAAGUAAUAUUUACAUUUCCGUCAGAACACAGAACAAGAUACACAAACAGCAAAAACUCGAACUCUGCAAUGUUGAUCGAAAAUAUUUAAACCACAAACCAUAAAAUUCGAUCGAAAAACCUUAACUAUAAUUAAGAAUAAAGUAAUUGAAAUCAAUUAUCGUUAAAUAGUUUCAAUUUUUGCAAACGUCAACGGUAUUGUAAAUCUACUUGGAAGUAAACGGAAAAAACUCUUAUUUAUUAUUAAACCAAUAAAAUAGGCAAUUAAUAAAUUAUGGAUCAAAACCACUUACAGAAGAAGAAAUAAAACCAACAUAAAAUCAAGAACACAUACAUGCAGAUUUUGGAAACUAAACAGACAGUUUUUUCUAAAGUGUCAUUUGCGCGGUCGUAAUACCGGGCCGAUGUUGGCUCGUUGGAAAAGCUGAAUCAUUCUUGCAUGCAGCUCUAUAUAUAUGGUGCUCCGUCGAGAGAAACCUGAAUGAUGCGAUAGGAAGCGAAAUUGGUCUAAUAAAAAUAUUG